AUGUCGGCAAAGUUACAAGGGAAAGUGUGCGUCAUAACUGGAGCCGGUCAUGGGUUUGGAGAAGCAAUAGCGAAGCGGUUUGCCGAGGAAGGUGCACGUAUUGUCAUUGCAGACAUAAAUCCGGAGAAAGGAGGCAAGGUGGAAGGGGAAAUCAGGUCAGCACACGGCCAAGAAGCUGCACUGUUUCAUAAAACAAAUGUCACCAGUCAGGCAUCUUGGGUGAAGAUGUGCGACGCUGCAUUGAAAACGUUUGGGAAGAUCGAUAUUGUGGUCAACAAUGCUGGGACAACAUAUGCAAAGAAGGACUCCCAUACAGUGACGGAAGAAGAGUAUGAUAAGGUCAUCAACGUGAAUAUGAAAUCCAUCUUCCUCAGCGUCGCGGUCAUCAUGCCACACUUCCUGAAACAAAAUGCCGGCAUAAUUCUUAAUGUCAGCUCUGUGGGAGGAAUAAGAGUAAAGAAUGGCCUGGUGUGGUAUGGUGGUACGAAGGCUUUUGUGAAUAAGAUCACGGAGGGCCUCGCGUCAGAGUAUGGUCAUUCAGGAAUCCGAGUAAACUCUGUGUGCCCUAUACUUGCCUACACAGACCUGUGGUCAUUUAUGGGUGUUGAGGAUACCCCAGAGAACCGUGCAAAGUUCGAAGCCGCCUUUCCGUUGGGCUCAGCCCUAAAGAGCAACAGCUCGUUAGGAUAUGUUGCAAAUACUGCGGUUUAUCUUUGCUCAGACGAUGCAGCGUUUGUUAGUGGCGUGAACCUGCCAGUUGACGGCGCAGCAACAAUCUAUGCACCCGGAGGUUCGUGA